AUGUCUUGGUUAUUCGGAUUGAAAAAUCCAUCUACCCCUAAUUUAGAUUCAACGACGCAGCAAUCACCACCAAGUGGUGAAGAUCCAAGGAAGAAUUCCGAACAAGGGAAGCAUGAUGUCGGACAUACAAUGGCUUAUUCAUUCGAUUCAACUGCACUUGAACGAGCUGCAAAAGCAGCUCGUGAGCUUGAAAGGUUUAGUAAUGCGAAAGAAGCCUUAGAAUUAUCUCGUAUGCAAGAAAUUUCAAAGCAAAAAGAAUACGAAAUGCAAACUAAAGUAUUUUUUUGA